AUGUUGAGCCAGGUCCAAUUGAAUAUUCCAUUGGUAGAUGUACUUUGUGAAAUUCCAAAGUAUAAUAAGUAUAUCAAAGUUAUAGUAGCUCAUAAGAGGAGAUUGACUGAAUUUGAGACAACCACACAUACGGAGGAGUGCACUUCAAAGGUCCAAAACAAGCUUCCUCAAAACCUUAAGGAUCCUGGCAGUUUCACCAUCCCUAUGCAGAUUGGUAAUUUCGAUGUGGGUUGUGAUUUUUGUGAUUUGGGGGCCAGCAUAAAUCUGAAGUUCUUGUCCUUGUUCAAACAAUUGGGUCUGAGAGCUCCAAGACCCACCAAUGUGAUGUUGCAACUAGAUUAUGAGGCUGAUGAACAAGUUCCAAACAUAUUGAGACGAUCUCUUUUGGCUAUAGGUGAUGCAAUUAUUAAAGUAAGAGAGGGAAAAAUGAUUAUGAGGGUGGACAACGAGGAAGCAAUUUUUAAUAUCUACAAGGCAAUCCAACUUCCCCACCAUUAUGAGGAUCUCUCUAUGAUAUUUGUUGUGGAGGUGGAUGAGAAACAUAUUGACACGAGUGUAUAUCUAGACAAUUCUCUAGACAAAGCACUCAUGUUGUUCGAUAGCUUAGAGAUUGAUGAUGAGAUUGAGGAGAUGAUUCAUAUACUAGAUACAUCAUGUGCCUACAUGCAUGGAUUAAACCCCUUUGAGCCCUUAAAUAGGCCAAGUGGGCCUCCUCCAAAACCGUCGAUUGAAGAAACUCCUAAAUUGGAACUUAAACCCUUUCCCCCUCACCUUCAAUAUUCUUAUUUGGGUGGUUUUGACACUCUACCUGUUAUUGUUUCUUCUGACUUGUCUAAAUUGUAG